CCCCCCCCCCCCAAAAAAAAACCUCGUUUAACCCUAAACCCUAACACAUUUCAAUUCAUCGACGGUAAUCAAUUGCAGAAUUCUGGACCAGGAUAACAUGUCAGGGCCGUCUAGGGCUAACAGAACUGACGAGGAGCGAGCAGAAGAUGCCCGACAGGGCUUUGCAAAGUUGAUAUGUUAUCAUAAAAUGGCACCACACACGAUCUGUGGUGGAGCUUUCAUAGAUUUAAUUCAUGACAUCAAGCCUGACCUGGUUUCAAACUUCAAGUUUGAGAUCCUUGAGCGUAAUUGCUUGAAAUUAUACAAGGCAGAGCAAUGUAUCGCGAAGGAAACUUUCUCAAAACUUGCUGGACAAAUCAGUCUCUCGGUGGAUUUACUUGUUCACAAGAAACGACGGGAUCAAAUCGAUCAAUAUCUUUGCUUAAGUGCACACUUCAUCGACGAUGAUUGGAAACUCCGAAAAUGGGUUAUUAAGUAUUGUGGUGUUUCCGAUGUGAAUAUGGACCUGCCAUCUGAAGCCAUUUUGAAGUCUCUGAAAGAAUAUGAUAUUGAGACCAAAAUACUCUCUUUGACUGCUGCAGGAACUGGUGACUUGGCUAAUAUUGUGAAGGAAAAUGUUCAUGAACGGUUGAAGCUCCCAAUGAAUGGUCAAUUGUUUCAUGUGCAGUGUAGUUGUGAUGUCAUAAGCUGUAUGGUUAAGAAAGGAUUCGAGGAGAUUGAUGAAAUUGUUGACAAAGUUAAAUUGUCAGGUUGGUCCAAAUCACUGCCUUUAUGGAAUCUUACAAGCUGUAAUCUAUUACAUGCUUUAAGAAAAUUUUCUAAGAACGGACGGGAAAAGAUCAGGAAGAUUUGCAAAAUUACAGAGAGAAUUGAUGAAAUCACUGAAGCGUUAUUUGAGUUUAGGAGGCCAACACCUAAUCUGUUUCUACCACACCUUCAGGAGAUUCGGGCUUACCUUGUUCAUGAGUCGGCCAGUUCAGAUGCAUUUGUUAGUCUUGUGGCACUGAAAAUGCUCGAGAUCUUGAAUAAGGAAUUUCUUAGAGUUUUGUCUGUCUGACUCAUGUGCAACCAUUGUUUUAGAGAACAUUCGCAAGGUAUAUGAUGGCUACGCGGUGCAAUGUGAUCAAAAGGAGUACCUUUUGAGCUAUUCAAGUGAUGAGUCAGGGGAAUAUGAUGAUCCUGAUGAUCAGGAUGAGGAUGAUAGAAGGUCUAGAAUACAUGCCCAAAAAGAAGAUCGUAAUAAUAGUCUGAAAAACCUGAAUGUAGUAAAAGAGUAUUUCCAGUCAGUGGAAUCUAAGAAUGGUGAAUCUCAAUGGUCAGAUUUGGAUAUGUAUCUGGAAGAGCCGGUCUUACCACGGAUGGAGAACUUCAGCGUGUUGGACUGGUGGAAAGAAAACGGGUUCAAGUAUCCUCAGCUUUCUAGGAUGGCUCGCGACUUCUUGGCUAUUCCUCUGUCUGUUGCGAGACACACUGAUGCAUACUGCACUGAGCGAAGGGAAGCUGAUUGGACAUUGUUGUCUUUGGAACCUGAACUGAUGAAUGCUUUGAAGUGUACAAGGAGCUGGAAAUUUGGUGAUAAAAAAAGAAAUUAAGGUUCAAGAAUGUUUUCUGCGGCUGUUACGAGGUCAUGAGUGCAGCUAGGCCUCUGAAUUUUGAAGUAUAGUAUGCCUUGUGGUGAUUUUCUUUAUUGCUAGUUGGUAUUAAGCAUGCUUUAGCUGAUAUUUUGUAGUAAUACUACUAUAGUUUACGGGUGAUGUUGGCUCCUAGCAUACAUUGGCUAUCUUUGAACUUUCAAGCAGUCAUUAUAUGGUGCUUCCCUAUUACACCCUUGUUGUUCAAAA